ACUUGUGGUUUUGAGAUGCUCUCACCGAGUAUUUCCAGCAAUCAUGUGUCCAGAAACGGAAACGGAUCCUCCGGCACAAUUGCUGGGAUCGCUAGCUGAGAACCCAUUGCAAGCGGACGAAAAUCCCCUAGACGACGAUUCCGCCCUUGGAAGCUCCUAUGGCUCGGCUAGUUACCAAACAACCCUAGCUUCCAGUGUAAUGAAUUACAAAUAUGAAAAUGGGCGACGUUAUCAUGCAUUUCGCGAAGGCUCCUAUCUACUUCCGAACGAUGAGGAAGAACAAGAUCGCAUGGAUCUAGUACACCACCUGUAUUGUCUGGCUCUCGGAGGCAAGCUCUUCUUUGCUCCUAUCCAGGACAAGCCCCAGCGAGUGCUUGAUCUAGGCACUGGUACUGGGAUCUGGGCAAUGGACUUUGCAGACCAAUAUCCAUCGGCGCAAGUCAUUGGGACUGAUCUAAGCCCCAUCCAACCCAAAUGGACUCCACCGAAUUGUACCUUUGAAGUUGAAGAUUUUGAGGCAGAGUGGCUCUACGAAAAGCCGUUUGAUUUCAUCCACGGUCGGGAAUUGGAAGGAUGCAUAAGCAAUGACGACCAGCUAUUCCAUCGAGCGUUCAAACACCUGGCGCCUGGCGGAUAUAUUGAAUUCCAGGCGACUAACCCCGGGUUUCUUUCUGAUGACGAUACCGCUAAGGAUGCAGUGAAUGCCCAGCUGUGGCUGAAACAUUUAGUCGAAGGAACAGCGAAGUUUGGUAAGCCCAUGGAUGGUGUGUUUAUGUGGAAAGAGAAGUUAGAGAGUAUCGGGUUUAUUGAUGUUCAGCAGCUAAUCUACAAGGUUCCUGUUGGUGCUUGGGCUAAAGAUCCAAAGCUCAAGGAGCUUGGCAGAUUCCAGGGAAUUCAGCAGGUGCAAGCGGUCGAGUCAUAUACACCGGCACUCUUCGCUCGCAUUCUGGGUUGGACUGAAGAGGAAAUCCAGGUCUUCAUUGCCAAGGUUAAGAAGGACCUGACGAAUCCAAAGAUCCACCUUUACAUUCCAGUGUUUUUCGUCUGGGGACGGAAGCCAACUGCCGGGAAUAGCGAAUGAAUUAUUACGGCGAGAAGACAAUUUAUCUCCAUUACAGCGA